GGGAAAAAUAUUUUGAUUUCCUGUUUUGAAAGUGAUAAAUAAUUUCAACUGCCUCUCACGAUUUCUCGUUUGGGAAUCGGUAGUGAAUAUCCGGAGAAUAACAAACAUUUGUUGAUAAAAAUUGAAUCUCCGAGAGGUCGCAUUACGGUAUAUGUUAUUAAUUAUCAUUAUGGAAGUUCAUUACCCCAUGUCUCAGCACAGAAGAUAAAGAAACAGCGGACGCUUCUCAUUAGAAAUAUAAUUGCCGAUCGCAUUCAUUACUAUAAAGUUCUGCGGAAAAAGUGAUGAUGUAUCCGCUACAAUUGAUCGUGCAAAUAUCUUUUCUAUUAUUAUUCCCAAAUCUAUUGCACGGUACCUACCACCGAAGAACUUUACUCUCAAAGAAUUCGAGUCUUGAGGCAGAACCCCAGGAGUUGAAACCGGAAUUCCAAACUUCAGAAAAUCGACUUCUGCUGCCUAAACCAUCGAUAAGAGAAGUAACGAGUGAUCAUAACGAGUUAAUACGUCAGGCUUAUCAACGGGAAGUAAACGACAGUAUUAAAGAUUAUUAUGCGCAGAGGAAAAUAGUUAUGGACAAUUACCACGCGAGACAAAAAAAAAUAGCAGCGAAAUUCUCAGAUAAAUUUAUAAAAUCCGCAGCUACUGCUGUAGCAAAGACCAUUAAACCGGAAAACUCAGAGAAAACUUCGCCGAGAUAUCAGGACGACGAACCUUGGAAUAAUUCGAAUGGAAGAGUCUUCGGCCAGCAUCGCUUCGGAGAUCGUCGGAAUUCCUCAGAAGAAACUUUGGUGUACCAACACAACAUAGGGAUAGGCUUGAAAGGAUUAUCGACUUUGAAUGCCGCAAUUGAGGUUCUUCUGGACGAAACAAUAACGAUAACAUGCGUGGAAUUAACGCCGUCCGAUAAUUCUCCAGCCAAAGUGCAAAUUCUUUCCGGUGGUCCCGACUAUAAUUUCGUCAAACUAAAAUUUACACCGGAGAAAAACCGAGGACUAACGUAUGCCAUUAAAAUAUGGGGGGUGAAAGUAUAAACGAAAAUUGCAUGAAUUUCGUUUUUUCAAUCUCAAUAGAUUUUUAUUUCUGUCGAUUUAUUUGUAUAAUUUCUAGACUGUCGAUAUCCUACUCGCAAAAGAUUUUCUACAUCCUCUAUAAUCAAUGACAUACAUCAAGAACCUUGUUAUCACUUCCUCUCUGAAUUCGAUAAAAAUUCAUAAUCAACCGUCA